AUGAACCACGCCGAGCCUGAGAUACCUCAUGCAAAGUACACUACAAGUACAUCUCGCGAAGCGUCCGUACAUCACUCGCAGACAUUACAACAGAUCCACCGGACAAUAAACACCACCAGCACCACUGACGACGAGGGCUCAAACGGACCCGCCUACUCCAUCGCAGCGAACGUACGAGGCGCAGCCACGCCCAUCGCGUCGGUAUCGUACCCAGGCGGCGCGCUCAUCCGCGGGCGCGGGCCUGGCGCGUACGCCGUCACCACGCUCACAGGCACCUCCAGCAGCUGCUCGCUCGUCUCCGACUCGAAGCCUACCGUAUCAAACGGGAACAAAACGACCGAGUACUUUGCCACCAAAGAUCAGCAUAAUUAA